AUGGCGACCACGACAUCCAUGGCCUCCUCUUUGUUCACCCACCAUAAUAGCAUUAUUCCUCCGCUCAUCGGACUCCUGUCCGUCCUCUUCGCCGCGGUGGAUGUUGCCGGGGAGCCCCCCAGUGUGGUGCCCUCGGCGUGCAAGCGCGCCUACGCCGCCGGCGGUGGCGCCUUCACCGAAGACUUCUGCCUGUCGGCCCUGACCGGCCACAGCCCCGGCGCCGCGGACAACGGCGACCUCGCCCUCGUCGCGGUGGACCUCGCCACGGCCAACGCCACCGCCACCGAGGCGACGAUCGACGCCCAGCUCAACGGUGGCGGCGGCGGCGCGCUGGCGGCGGACGGCCUGAGGGUGUGCCUGUCGCUAUACGGCUACGUGGUGCACGUGUACCAGCCGGACUGCCACGCCGCCGUGAAGGACAGAAUGUUCCGCGACGGGAAGCUGUGCCUCGGCCGGACGGCGCGGGCGCCUGUGGCGUGCGAGCGGGAGUUCGAGCAGCGGAACGUCUUGUCGCCGGUGGCCGCGGAGGACGACGCCCUCGCCAAGCUCGCCAAGCUCGCCAUCGCGCUGAGCUCGAUCGCCUGA